AUGCAAACUCCCAAAGUUAUUGAACCUCCACCCUCAGAUCUCCCUCCCUCCCGGCUCGAUAGAUUCCAGACGCGAGUUCCAGGGAAUGUGCGAGCUUUGCUGAUGUCCCCGGCAGAACGGUUCCCCUCAGAAAUCCCCACAGAGGGAAAAAAACGGAACAAAAAGCCCAAGUCUGGAGGAAAUCAAAGCUGCUCUGACUGCGAGUGCCAGCCGAGGGUUGCGGCGGGGAGCAGCCCGGGGGUCCCGCUCCGGCCGCCCCGCUGCCCCCGCAUCCACCGCCUCCUCCGCUCCGCGCUGCCCGCCCGUCCCGGGGCCGCUCCCGCCCCGAGCCUCGCCGGGAUCCCGCAGCUUCCCGCAGAGCCAAACACCUCGGGGAGACACCCGGCACCUCCCGCAUCCUCCCGGCGUGUGCGCGGAGGCGGAGGGGCCGCGCCCGCGGUGCCCGCCCGCCCCGGGAGCCGCCGCAGGGAAAUAUUCAGUUUUAUUCUCAGGUUUACUCGAAUGAAUUUUAGCUGGAGUUGGCGUUGUCAGAGCCUGAGCCCACGUCCAGUGAAGACUUCCAGCUUAUUUUAAUGCACAUGAGCAGAUUGGGAUUUGAAACCUCAGGUCUUCAGUUUUCAAGAUCCUGACUGACACAGAUCAAUGGGUUUUAUUCCAGAAACUCAGCUGGGACAGUUAAUGCCCAUUAAGUUGGAGACAGUGGGGUCCAGGCAAGUGCCAAAGUGCUCUUCUGAACUGGAUAUUAUUAAAAAAAAAAAAAAAGAAUUUGUGGCUUGGUCAAAAUGUCUGAAAGCACAGUAUUUUAACUAUUUGAUGAGACAGGCCAAUGAGAUAAGAAGGGGAGAUAACUGAAUGCAUAAUUUACACAUUUGUUGAAUGACUACUCCAAUAUUUUUCACUCUUUUCAGUCAA